UCUUGUAUUUAUUUUUAUUUUUCCUUAUUUCCUUAUUUUGAAAGAUUAGAUUGUUACAAAUAGGUGGAAUGAGAAUGUAAUAGGUAUGAAUGAAAAUAAUAAAAUCAAUUCUCUUUUUCAAGUUGGUAUCAGAGCUCCCGAUCUUGGGAGCUCCCUUUCUGCUGCAACAGCAGCCACCGCCGCCGCUGUCCGACCACCGCGGUUGCUAUUGUAGCCGUUGGGGUCGUUGAUAGGAUAGAAAGGUGCGUUUGACUCCGGCGAAUACAACAUCAGAAGUCGUUCUGGGAAAGAUGCCGCCACAUGCCACCACCAUCGCCGGCGUGUGUAGCCCACACACCUACCUUUGGCGAGACCCACUUGCCGCCGUCGUCACAGAAUGAGUCGCCGGAGCCUCUUGAGUUCGUUUCACAGGUCGAUGAUGUCCCAUUUGGCCUAGAUUUGAGUAGAUCUGAGGUUUGAGUUUUGCUCCUUUUUCCGGUGUAGCCCACUAGUUGUCGUCGUCGCGAAUAGGGUCACUGGAGACACCUGAUUGCAUUCUAAGGGAUGUAUGAGGUAGAAAUUAUUCCUUUGGGUCCUAAUGAUCUUCCAAAUGUGGUGGGUCCCUAUCGGUUGGAUGGUCGGAAUUUCUUACAAAGGAGCCAAUACAUUUGAAGGAUUCUUAAGCGACGUUCAAGACUAGACCACAUAGAUGGUGGAGGGACAAGUAAUAUUUCAAUUUGGGACAAUGAAGAUUCAUUAAUUAUGACUUGGAUGUGACAUUCCAUGAUUCCUGAGAUAAGUCAAAAUUAUAUGUUUUAUUCUUCUACCAAAGAGAUAUGGGAUGCUUUACAAAAUACUUUUUCAUUAAAAAAAGGAUUUUGCUGCAUGUUAUGACAUUGAAAGUAGGGUAUUUAAUACAAAACAAGACUCUCUUUCCGUAUUAGAAUAUCACAGAAUCCUGAAUGGACUUUGGAUUGAAUUAGAUCAGUACUUGACAAUAAAGAUGUGUAAAACAGAUGUUACCGCACAUGCUGAAGUCGUGGAAAGAGGAAGAAUUUUUAAAUUUCUCCAUGGCCUGAAUCAUGAGUACGACCUAAUUAGGGUACAAAUCUUAGGAAGAGAAAAAUUAUCAUCUCUAUCAGAAGUAUUCUUUAUGGUAAGAGAAGAAGAAACUCGGAGAGCUAUCAUGCUUGAUGGGGGGAUCUCCAACGUAGGCUUUGCCAUGACAACUAGAAAGGGGGUCCACAAGGGAGCAAAUGCUAGAGGAAAGUCGUUUGAAAAAGGUAACCGUGGAGACUAUUGUUCAUACUAUAGAAGAUCUGGACAUACCAAGGAAACGUGCUUCAAACUCCAAGGAAGAAAUAAUGUUCUUGAGUGCAUGGGAAACAACAAAGAGUCUACUCAAAGAUGGGCAAAUCAUACUACCUCAAAACAGGAAGUCACCAAUCAAUCCAGUACUUCACCACCAUCAGAUCUUAAUAUGAAAGCUUAUAAGGAGGAACUUGAGUGCUUGAAAGCAAUGGUUGAAUCAAUAAGUAAGCCCUCUGGAUCAUGUACUCUGUCCAUGAAAGACCUUGUCAUGGCGAAGACGAUUUUAACCGCUAAGGAACAUAGUGGGUUGUAUCUGUUGGAAUCUGAAGACCAAAGCAAAACAAAAAUCAUAAGUCAACAAACUACAUUUGAGACAUGGGCAAAUUCCCAAAUAUGGCUACAUCAUAAAAGGCUUGGGCAUCCUUCAUUCAACCUUAUCAAAUUCUUGUUUCCUCAUUUGUUUACUAGGGAGUUUGUUGAAUCUUUUAAUUGUGAUAUUUGUUAAUUGUUGAAACACCAUCAUGUAUCUUAUCCUAUUAGUAAUAAAAAGAGUACUUCUCCAUUUGAUUUAAUUCACUUUUAUGUUUGGGGACUUGUCGUAGAAUCUAUUUUUAGAGCCAAAUGAUUCGUUACUUUUAUUGACGAUUGUAUCUGUGUCACGUGAACAUACCUUAUGAAAAAUAAAUUAUAAGUUUUUCAAAUCUUUGUUAAUUUUUUCCGUCUUGUCCAAAAUCAAUUUGGAAAAAAAUAUCAAAAGAAUCUGGUCUAAUAAUGAUCCUGAAUAUGUGAAUCAUGAAUUUCUCAAUUUUUGUCUCAUAAUGGUAUUGUUCAUGAACUAACAUGUAUAAACACCCUCAACAAAACGUGGUUGUAGAAAGAAAGAAUCGUUAUAUUCUUGAAGUAGCUAGAGCUCUUCUUUUUCAAAUGUUUGUUCCCAAAAAUUACUAGAGAGAAGCUGUGUUAAUUGCCACGUAUCUCAUUAACAGGUCACCUAGCCGUAUAUUAAUCCUAUAGAGUCUCUAUUGUCUUUUGUUCCCUCUUCCCCCUAGUAUCGAGUCUUUGAAUGUACUAUUUUUGUUCACUCUCAUCAUUCUAAUUGUAGUAAAUUAGAUCCCAAAGCUCUUAAAUAUGUCUUUAUUGGAUAUCCUUAUAAUAAAAAAGGGUACAAAUGUUAUCAUCCUCAUGGUCGUCAUGUCUUUAUCACCAUGGAUGUCACCUUUCAUGAAACACAAUCAUUUUAUGUCAACCUGCCACUUCAAGGGGAGAAAACACUUGAAGUGGAGGAGCUUUCCUUUUUGUCAUUAUCAUAUUUGUCU